AUGCGUGCGCUGCGGUCUGGUCUUCUUCCGGUUGUCGGAGCUCUCCUUUGGACCUGUCUCCUUGGCACAGCGGCUGCAUCAAUACUUGACGCCGUCAGCAGUGACAUGCUUUGUCGCUUCAUUAUGUGUGCUUCGACCCUUCUUCUGCGUGCGCGCCGGCCGCUCCUCCUUUUCGGCGUCUCUGUGCUUCUCUGUUCCACCGCCCUCCCCGGCGCCGCAGCCGUGCAGUUGCCACCGUCAAGGACAGAGUCCGCUGUGUCUUGUUCUGCCUGUGCUGUGGUGGGUCAUAGCACCGCAGUUGGCCGUACCAUCCCGACCCCAUGUAGGGGUAAUCUGGUACUUCCCUCUGUGCAUGUUUCUCCUCUGUCCGGUGCGGACGUUGGGGGACACAGCAUUUGUGACGCUGUUGAGGAAUUAGAGGAUUGGGAUCUUGCGUCUCUGCAGACGCUUCUUGACCGCAGUGUUGCGUUUUCUGCCCGCUGGGCCUUCCUGAGCGCCACCCUGUUGGAUACCCUCCUUGAGCAUUUCGGUGGCAAUCUCUCGCAGUCCACACACAUGGCUAUCCCAGCCGACUCUUCAACACGAGUCCCUGGCCCUUUGCGCUUGACUGAGCACUUGCCCAAUGCAGUUACUUUCGACAUCGCUAGUGCUGCAUUCUGCUCCAGGUGUGACAUCGAUAAGGUUGCAAGUGUGACACGACCACACUGGCAGCUACAAGAAGCGGUGCCCGCAGAUGCAGCCAUCGCACAUACCUGGGCUCCGUGCCCGGUAGCGAUUGCCUGUUUGGAGCGCCUCGACCUUUACACAGAUGGUUCCUUCGGCCUUGGAACGAGCGCUUGGGCCUUCGCUGUUUUCGGCACUCUGCAGGGUACUCAGGUUUUUGUCGGUUGGGCUGGUGCGCCUGUUCACCCUCAUGCGUGGCUGCUUCAGGCUCCUAAGCAUAUCCCGACUGCCAUUCACGCUGACUGUGAGGUCGCCCUCCGCCAGGCCACUGGCCGCUACGGCUCGGCCACCCAUACAGGUCUAGCUGUUGCCUGCCGUCACCUGGGACCGGCGGUUCAAGCAGUACACCCAUGCUUCGAUCCCAAUAUCUCCCAUGUGCGAUCACAUCAAGGACAGCCCUGCAACGAACUUGUCGACCGCCUUGCCAAAUAUGUCAACCAAUGCGGUGUUGCUCACGCUUGUGAGUCCUCUGGUCUCACGAGUCUUGCUGGCUUGUGCCGUUCACACGGGUUGGCAUGGCUGUGGCUUGCCAUUUCCGCCAUGCAGGCUCCUACACAAUGGCCACAAUACCUCCACUCUGGUUUCCUUGACAAGGACCAACUGGCCGAUGCCUCUUCCCUGGGUGAUGAUGAGUGUCGGGCCCUAUUCGGACUGCACCGGGAUGCCACGCCCACACCAUCGCCCACCUCCUUCUUUGCUCGACUGUGCAUGUUCACCUUGAAUGUCCAGUCGCUUGCGGAGACAUCCACGGUGGAGGAGUCGCCUGCCUCCUCUGGAGACUUCAAGGGCCGCGCGGCCUUUCUGCGGGAACAGUUGGAUUAUUACGGGGCUCACGUUGUUGCUCUACAGGAAGCAAGAGCCAAAACAGACAGCACCAUGAUUUCCCAGACGCACGUCAGAUACUGUACGGCCAAAGACCCACAGGGGAACUUCGGUGUUGAGCUAUGGUUUUCUCGGCUGAAGUCCUUUGCCACUGCCGGGGGUUUUCUCGGGGCAGCCUUCGCAUCCUUUUCGUUGCUAUACAUGCCCCGGGAGCGACACACCCCCAGCAUGCGGAUUGGUGGAACGGGCAUGAAGCUCGGAUGGCUCUUGGGCCGGUGCGGGAGCCGACCAUCCUAUGAUCGAGCCGCCAUGCUUACAGAAGAGGGAAUAUUUGACUCGAUCCCUGGCGAAUGCAUUCCCUGCCGUUCGCGGUCAGUCCAGGACCCGACGGCCCUUGUCACCGCUUGUGUUUCCCAGCAAAAAGCGCGUGACCUCGAGGACCUCGCCCUCUCUUUUGAGGAUGUUCCGACUCUUUCAGAGUUGGAGGCUGCUUUCAGAAGCACGCAACUGCACCGUGCCUUUGGGGUCGAUGCUAUCCCGGCUGAAGCCUUGCAUGCUGCGCCGGGGAUGGCCGCUCGAGCUUUCUUCGGGGUCGUGCUCAAGUCUUUCAUGCGAGUUGAGGAGCCCAUCCAGUGGAAGGGUGGGUCAUUGUACUCCGUAUGGAAGGGCAAGGCGGCACCACACCUCUGCUCUUCGUACCGCGGGAUUCUCGUAUCUUCCACUGUUGGGAAGGCCUAUCACAAAAUUCUCAGGCAACGUAGCGUGCCAGCGCUCACUGCUGCUGCCACACCACUGCAGGUAGGCGGCUUGCCUCGGCGGCCUGUCACGCUCGCUGCCCACGUGGUGCGAGCACACCAGUCUUGGGCAGCUUCCCGCGGUUACUCUCAGGCAACGGUGUUCCUCGACCUUCGAGAAGCCUUUUACCGCAUUAUGCGGCCUCUCGUUGUCGGCUUCACGGGCACAGAUACCGAUAUCGCCAACAUCAUCCGUGCUGUUCAGCUUCCCCCGGAAGUCAUGCACGACCUACACAGCCACCUGCAGCAACAGUCCCUGUUUGAGCAGGCUGGAGCCUCGCCAUGGCAGGCUGCAGUGACCACCGAGGCUCUAUGUUGUACCUGGUUUCGAUUUGAGCGUACGGAACACCUUACUGAAACCGGUAUCGGUACCCGCCCGGGGGACAAUCUGGCGGAUAUUGUCUUCAGCUUCGUUUUCGCCAGAGUGUUGCACCAGGUCCGGUCCACAGUUGAUGCUGCCCUCGGCGUUACCAAGGUCCCGUGGCACGGCGACAUGUUGGCUAAUCCCUGGCCUGUUGUGUCGGCACCCCAGGAGCAUCUUCCCCUUCUGGAUUGCACCUGGAUGGACGACGCGGCACUUGUCAUCCAAUCUGCUGUUGCCGAUGACAUGCCGGAAAAGUUGCGCUGCACCAUUGGGGCCCUGCUUGAUGGUUGCCUGGGUCGUGCCCUUUUACCCAAUCUAGACCGCGGCAAGACCGAGGCUAUUUUGGCAUUAACUGGACGGGGAUCACGCAAACUGAGGGCGGCUUUGUUUCGGGACGCCGCGCCCCACAUUGCAGCGCAGAGCGAGCUUUGGCCUUCGGCCCAAGUUCGCCUUGUCCCCUGCUACCGUCACCUGGGGGGCCUCAUCCACCACAGCGGCUCCCUUCUGCGUGAACUGCGGCACCGCACGGCCCUUGCUUGGAGUGCUUGUAACCGUCGUCGCAAGAAGGUAUUUGCUUCCAGCUUCGUUGCAGUCGCUGACAAGCGCUUCUGUUUGACUCCCUUGUGCUCUCUGUGCUACUUUAUGGUGCAGGAGCAGUGUUUGACGACGACAUACUUUCAAAUGGCGUGUCAUCUUCUCCGUCCACAUUACGACGUCCUCCAGGCCAGGCAUCUGGGGCAGGCCCGCGUUCUGGCCCUUGCAGGGCUCCCUGCCAUCCCCACUCUGCUCCACCUUGCGCGCCUCCGACACCUUGCGUCGUGUGUCAUUGACAGCAUUCCAGACUUCUGGGCACUGCUACACGCGGAGGGGGCAUGGCUGGACUCUGUGAGGGAGUCCUUGCACUGGCUGCACGGUCUCCUUGAACCGGAAGCACCACCCGACUCGCUGCAUGCUUGGUGGCUGAGCAUCCGGUCUAUCAUACAGCGUGCACCGGGUACCUGGAAGAGAAUGCUACGUAAAGCCCAGCAGAGGGCUACCCGCCAGGAAGCAUGGGCCUCAGCAUCUACCUUCCACAUCGGUCUCCUGGUGCGACAGCUCCGAUAUGCUGGGGCCAUCCUGAUUUCUUCUCUUCCAGAGGGCGAGCACAGCCGACAGUGCUGCGGCCCUUGCCGGAAGGUCUUCCGCAAUCUUCAAACAUGGUCGGUUCAUGCCUUUAAGACCCGUGGAAGGUGCACAGUUGGACGCGGAGUCCUUGCCGGCACACAAUGCCAGAAAUGCCUUCGGCACUUCAGCACCAACCUGAAACUGUGCAAGCACCUCUCCUAUAGUACCGCCUGUCGGCGCAGUCUUCAGGCGGCUGGGCACUUUGCUCCGGUUGAACCGGGACAGGGGAGCACCAAAGGCGACGAUCCAGGACGGUUCCAGGUUCCGGUCCUUCAGGCACAAGGGCCCACCCUUCCGUUCUUGUCACAACAGUGGGCUGACGAGCCAACCCGCCCAGUUGCCGAGGUCAUCGACUGCCUACACCAUGUGGGGGCUGACGUCACUGAGGAUGAUGCCUCUACUGUCUGGGAACAGGUGCGUGUUGCCUUCGCUUGUGUAUGCGCUACCACCUCGCGUCUUCGCAUCACAGCCGAGGUCUUUGCUGAGUCAUUGGCAGGUCGCCGAGACCUUCAGUCGUGGCUUGUGGUGCUUUUGGGCCAGAUCAUGAUCUGGAUCCAGACGGCUGACCUUGUCGAUUGGCUUGUUCCGAGCGCUGACCCGAUUCCCGAGCCAUGUCAGAACGUCGGUGCAAUCACCUUGCCUCGCCCGCUCCCUCGAUCGGCCGACUCCGUUUGCGUUUCUGUGGGACCCGGUCUAUGGUGCAAGGAGUCCGCCCGACGGGGCCCGCUCAGCCUCACUUUUCCCUUUGACGAAUGUCUUACCACUCUGAGCUCGGGGUCUUGUCUCUCCUUCUUGGAGGGCCCCUUUGAUGAUGUCUCUUUCGACUUGUGCUUGGAUUCUUGGAUGGGGUUUUCCCAGGCCCCGGGUAUCCAUCUCCCGGCCAAGGCGUAUCACGCCUUGCUGUCGCUCGAGACCCUCCUCGGUGACCUCUUCCGCUUUGCCCUUCGACUUUGGGGCCAGGGCGUGCCUACUCGGCUUUUCUGUCGGCGUUCAGCCAGAGCACACCUGUACCCUCUUUUCGAACUUAGGGGCACUGUCCUGUCAGAGCAGACAGAAUGGGAUGUUAUCUCGAACAGCGGAGGAAUUCCCGAGGGCUCUCUGUUUCACCUUAAUUAG